AUGUCCAAAACCUCCGUCAUCGUGUCCAACUUGACAAAACAGGACUUCGUCAGCCAGAACUCCAAGCUCGCCGUGAGCGACCAGAUCAAGUUGGCCGUGCUCAACCUCCAGAGCGACGAGUUUCCUGAUCUCUUGCCUCUCAUCACCCACUGGCUGAAUCUUCCGUUCUUGAACAGAAUCGUCAUCAUCUUGCACAGCGAGGAGGCGGCGUCGUUUGUCCACGAUUUCUUGCAAAAAGCCGUUUCGGGCGAAAACGACCUCAGGUUGCCCUCCACAGCGAAACUUCUGCUUCAGGAGAACCUCUUGCAGACCUCCAAGCUGUCCGACAACUUACAAGAUACCAAGGAUCUUGAUGUCACUCACUCCUUGGAGAGAUUCAGAUCGGCCCAUGCCUCUGGCGACUACAAGGAGCCCGAGCCUCAGAAAUCGCCCAAAGCGUCGCCCAACUACGAGGCCUUGGACCUCAAAAAAUUGGGCAUUGAGCUGGGAGACGUGCCUCCCACGCCGCCCUUGGAGCGUUCGAGAUCGGUGACAAGAACGCUUUUCAAGCCGUCCUUGAAGCUCAACACAUCUGGCACGGCGCCCAACGACGCUCCUGCCUCGCCAACGAUCACCCUAGACGAGAGCUAA